AUGGUUGUGCUCCGUUGUCCAGCAGAUGCCCAAGAGCGUCUACUCGGUGUGCUCGGAGACGGCGGCGAGCACCAAAGACUAUUCAUCAGUCAUCCCACGCUCAUCCAAGCCUUCUUCGCCGAAGAUUUCGCGAUACGCAGCUCGACGUUUUCGAAGUACUUUGCAGAGCCAAUGUACGAGCUGGAGCAAAACCUUGGUCGGUCGGCGACAGAGUACACACGACGCGCGAGACGGUUCAUGCUCAUGGCACGGCAGAUGGGCAAUGUUCAGAUUGACCAUGAUCUCGACCUGUGGAGCCUGCGUAUGUUGCAAGAGGUCUAUCAGAUUAUCAGGGACUGUGGACCGCCGGAUUUCUUCACCGAGGAUGAGUGGCAACAAUUACAUCGCGAAUUCGAUGGAGAGACCUUUCAACAGGUGUCUACCGUCUUCGAAUACCUGAAGCUUUGCGGCCAACUGUAUGAGCGGAGAGCUACUAUUGGCAACAACGAGGUUUGUGCCCCGGAUUGA